GAAUGUAACCCCCAUAUAGUGUGUGUAUCGACAAAAGUCCAUUCGUUUUACUAUAAAGUUUACCAAUAAAUCGUAAACAUUUAAAUCAAAACACGCGAGAAGGGUUGAAACGUUGGCUAGUUGAGGAAACUGUAGUCGAAUGAGGACGUAAAAGAGGUUCUUUCAUUAUCAUAUUUAGGACAUUCAAAAAAUGUAUGGUUUUGAUCUGUGAACGUCUUAUUAUCACAAGAAUAGUUAGGGUGCCCACUAAUUAUGAUUAAGAUGAAUUCAGGACUAAAGCUUAGUUUAAUAGGAGUAAUCAUUUUAGGAAUUACAAUUAUUUUUUUAACGAGUUUCCAAGACUCGCUUUUCCAAAACCAUAUUUACUCGUUAACCACAUUACAACCUAUAAAAUUAUUAAUCAAUGGAAAGACCUUCCUGUUACCAACUGAAGAUUACAAUCGUCUAUUAAACAUCAGCUUUAAUUUUUCUAUAAUGAAUCAAGUUUGUCAGGAAAGUAACUCUGUGUUGGUGCUUAUGGUAGUUCAUUCUGCACCUUUAAAUUUUGAUAAGAGGCAGGCCAUAAGGGAUACAUGGGGACAAAUGGAUGAAACUAAAAAAAUUGUGUUUUUAAUAGGAGAUCCGAGUUCUCUAGAAGAACAGAAAAAUAUUGAAGCAGAAAGUACUUUAUUUGGUGAUAUUGUACAAGGUAAUUUUAUAGACACUUACAGAAAUCUGACUUACAAGCACGUAACGGUUCUUAAAUACUUUAUUUAUCAUUGUCCGCAUGCGAAAUUUUUAUUAAAAACCGAUGACGACGUCUUCGUCAACUGGCCAAGUAUGAAAAAUUUCCUUACUUACGAUUUGUGUCCUGGUGAUAGACAAACCAUAUACUGUAUUACGAGAACUCACAGCCAUGUAGACAGAAACGAGUCCAAAUGGGUGGUAACGUUUGAAGAAUAUUCAGAAGAAUUCUAUCCGCCGUACUGUCUUGGAUACUUUAUAGUUUAUACACCAGAAGUGGUAUUUACUCUAUAUAAGGAAGCACAAAAAUCAAAUUCCUUUCUAUGGGUAGACGAUGCAUUCGUAACUGGUAUUCUCUUUAAAAACCUAAAUUACACUCACACAGAUAUCGAAUCUUUAGUGUUAUCAGGCGACAAUUUGGAUGCUAUCAAUAAAGAUUUCACCAAUGUUACAAUUAAAUCUUUCCUAUUUAGAUUAAUGGGCAAAACUGAGAUGCAAACUGUUUGGAAAUAUGUUUCUACGCAUGAACCUCCCAAGAAUAUAUUUAGUUUAUAACGACAAUAAAAUAUUUUAAAACUC